AUGGAUGUUGUACCUGAAAAUAAGGAUGUGGAUUGUGAUAUAGAGAAAGUGGCAGAAAGUGUUCAGUUCGCGCCGCGAUUUCCCUUUGCGCCGCGAAAAGAGCAGAAACAGAAGGAGUCAGCAGAGCAGCAGGGUGAAGUGGAUGAGAAGAAAGAAGCUAAGCCGAGAAAAAAGAAGAAAGGAGACAAAGGAGUGAGUUACAUUAUACCGAAAGGAUGGAAAGUGUUAACUUGGGCAACAGCUAUUCAUAUGGAUCCUACUUAUUAUCCAAAUCCAUAUGAAUUUAAUCCAUCUAGAUGGAAUGAUCACAAUAUUAAAAUUGGAACCUUUCAUCCUUUUGGUGCUGGAAGUAGAUACUGUCCUGGAAGUGAUUUGGCUAAACUUGAAAUUUCCAUAUUUCUACAUUAUUUUCUUCUCAAUUAUAAGCUUGAGAUAGUGAAUCCAAAAUGUCCCAUUACUAAUUUAUCAUCACCCAAACCCAUUGACAAUUGUCUUGCUAAGGUGAUAAAGGUCUCAAGCAUUGCAUAGUUAUUGGAGUGGAAAAUAAAUUUCCAAAGUCUCUUGGUUUGGAAAUAAACAGUUGCUUCUUAUUAAUUACACA